UAUCUCAACGUUCUGGACCAGGUCUCUAGAACCCAUCCUGAUCUCAACACGCUAGAAUGUUUAUGGACAGCAUGGUAUGCUUUCAUGCAGAAUGAUGUCUAUGCGACCGGGAUCAUGAGUUUUGUUCUUCACGAGGUGGUUUAUUUUGGCCGAUGCUUGCCAUUCAUUAUUAUGGAUAAAAUUCCCCUCUUCAACAAGUACAAGAUCCAAGCCCAGAAGAUGCCAACAUUGAGAGAGCAGUGGAACUGUGCUAUGAUUGUCCUUGUCAGUCAUUUCACUGCAGAGCUGCCCCAGAUUUGG